CUGAAAAUAUUCAACUGCGAAACGAGAAACUCUAAACGAAACGUUUCGUUUCGCCCUCGAAACCAAAACUCGAAGAAGCAUACACAGAGACUCGCCAUCAUCUUCUACACAAAUUAAUCCCUACCCAUUUAUUGACUCUAAAUGCUUCAAAAUCAAAUUUCACUGUCAACACAUUCACUUCAACUCUACCCAACGAUUCAUCAACGUACAAAACUUUUUCUAUAAACAAAAAAAUAUAAAUUAUAAACAAAAAUUUGAUUUUUCAUGCCAUUUCUGCUGCGUCCUCGUCGAUCUUGCGCUUUUUCAUAACCUGAGGGGUUUUCGGAUUCCGGUUUCGAAGAAAGUUGCGAUUUUGGAUCGUGGGUAUUGGGAUUUGGAUUGGAGGGGAAAGAUGAGUAACCAGAGGAAGAAGAAUUUUCAGAUAGAGGCGUUUAAGCACAGGGUGGUGAUGGAUCCUAAAUACGCCGACAAGACAUGGAAGAUUCUGGAACAUGCGAUUCACGAGAUUUAUAACCACAACGCCAGUGGUCUUAGUUUUGAAGAACUUUACAGAAAUGCAUACAGUAUGGUGCUUCACAAAUUUGGUGAGAAGCUUUACUCCGAACUGGUUGCGACCAUGACUGCACAUCUCAAAGAUAUAGCUCAAUCUGUUGAGGCUGCUCAAGGAGGUUCUUUUUUGGAAGAAUUGAACAGGAAAUGGAAUGAUCAUAAUAAGGCAUUACAAAUGAUUAGAGACAUACUGAUGUACAUGGAUAGGACUUACAUCCCAAGCACCCAGAAGACUCCUGUUCAUGAACUUGGACUGAACCUGUGGAGAGAAAAUGUCAUUUAUUCCAGCCAGAUCAGGACUCGGCUAUUGAAUAUGCUUCUGGAAUUAGUACAUAGUGAACGCACUGGGGAAGUUAUUGAUAGAGGGAUAAUGAGAAAUAUAACAAAGAUGCUAAUGGAUUUAGGACCAUCUGUUUAUGGGCAAGAAUUUGAGACCAAUUUUCUUCAAGUUUCAGCUGAGUUCUACCGGGUAGAAUCCCAGAAAUUCAUUGAGUGUUGUGAUUGCGGUGAUUAUCUGAAGAAGGCUGAGAGGCGUCUGAAUGAGGAAAUGGAUAGAGUGAGUCAUUACUUGGAUCCCAGGUCUGAAAAGAAGAUUACUAGUGUGGUGGAGAAGGAGAUGAUUGAAAAUCACAUGCUUAGAUUAAUCCAUAUGGAGAAUUCUGGCUUAGUACACAUGCUUUGUGAUGAUAAAUAUGAAGAUUUGGGUAGAAUGUAUAACUUAUUCUGUCGUGUUACUGAUGGUCUCUCAAAAAUACGAGAAGUGAUGACUUCACACAUAAGAGAGUCUGGAAAACAGCUUGUUACUGAUCCUGAAAGGUUGAAGGAUCCGGUUGAAUUUGUGCAGAGGCUCUUAGAUGAGAAAGAUAAAUAUGACAAGAUUAUAAACUUGGCAUUUAACAAUGACAAGUCUUUCCAGAAUGCUUUGAACUCCUCGUUUGAAUAUUUCAUUAACUUGAAUCUUCGUUCUCCGGAGUUUAUUUCACUAUUUGUGGAUGAUAAACUUCGGAAAGGUCUGAAAGGGGUUAGUGAGGAUGAUGUAGAGGUUACUCUUGACAAAGUGAUGAUGCUAUUCCGAUACUUACAAGAAAAAGAUGUUUUUGAGAAGUAUUAUAAACAGCAUCUGGCAAAGCGGCUUUUGUCUGGAAAGACUGUUUCUGAUGAUGCAGAGAGAAGUCUCAUAGUUAAGCUCAAGACAGAAUGCGGUUACCAAUUUACAUCUAAAUUAGAGGGAAUGUUUACAGACAUGAAAACGUCUCAGGACACAAUGCAGGGCUUUUAUGCCAGCCACCCUGAACUAGGUGAUGGUCCUACACUUACUGUACAAGUUCUUACCACAGGGUCUUGGCCAACUCAGUCUAGUAUUACAUGCAACCUUCCAGCUGAAAUGUCUGCACUUUGUGAUAAGUUUAGGUCAUAUUACCUUGGCACUCAUACUGGCAGGAGAUUGUCCUGGCAAACUAACAUGGGCACUGCAGACUUAAAAGCAACCUUUGGGAAGGGUCAGAAGCAUGAGUUAAAUGUCUCUACUUACCAAAUGUGCGUCCUCAUGCUGUUUAAUAAUGCUGAUACACUUAGCUACAAGGAGAUUGAGCAAUCAACUGAGAUUCCGGCCUCAGAUCUUAAGAGAUGCCUGCAAUCAUUGGCUUUAGUUAAGGGAAGAAAUGUCCUUAGAAAGGAGCCUAUGAGUAAAGAUGUUGGUGAGGAUGAUACUUUCUUUGUUAAUGACAAGUUCAGUAGCAAACUAUACAAGGUAAAAAUAGGAACUGUUGUUGCACAAAAGGAAUCAGAACCUGAGAAACAGGAAACUCGGCAGAGAGUGGAGGAGGACAGGAAGCCCCAGAUUGAAGCAGCAAUAGUGAGGAUCAUGAAAUCUAGGAAGCAACUUGAUCAUAACAAUCUUAUAGCUGAGGUUACAAAGCAGUUGCAAUCGCGCUUCCUGGCAAAUCCAACGGAGGUCAAGAAACGGAUUGAGUCUCUCAUUGAACGGGACUUUUUGGAGAGGGAUGAUAGUGACAGAAAGUUGUAUCGAUAUCUUGCCUAGAAUUGGUAAACUUGUUUCAGUUAUCACAGUGAUACAGGUAUUGUUGUAUCUUAUGAACUAGAUGAAUUAAAUUACCUUUGAAUAGCCUCAUUGAUUUUAAUGUAUAUUGAUUUGUUUUCCUGUUCGUUGUGAUGUUCCAUCCAAAUAUAUAGAUUAUCCUGGUAACAUUUUUGUUCAUAGCCGUGAGAUAUAAAAUUCUUCUAUUCAAAAUGUGUAAACUAUAAUUUUGAUCACAUCAAUAUAGUCCACGAAAGACAAGUGAAUAAUUGAAAUUGAUUCAGCCCUCAAAAAGGUGUAAAAUGACUUCCUAUAAAAGUGUAAAACAAUUGAUUUAAACUUAGUUCCUAAAGAAAAAGAAUGACAUUAAAUCAUAUUUCUCCAUCUCACAAUUUAUACGUAUCAAUGAUUUCAAUGUCAUUUUGUAUGAUUGAGAAACUAAAUCGAUGAAUAUAAAUUGAUCUCCCAUAUUUUUUAGAAAUCUAAACAUGCAUCAAAAUGUUAACUCGAACUUUGAGAAGCAAAAUGGAUGUGAACUCAAAUCAAAUUUUACAUACGUGCUUUAAUAAUCUUGUUAUAUCAUGGCUAGCUUCACUUGAAUGUGUAUUAAGGUAAUUGUUACUUUAGGCC